AUAAAUUAAAGUAUUAAUAAAUAGUUAAAACUAAUUUUGCACGCGCGCGCGCUCGUGUAUAUGUGUCAACAAUGAAGUAAGAUACAAUGACCAAAUUAUAAUCAGAUUAAAACGGAAAAGUAUCAAGGAAUGUGAACUGUACUAUGAGAGUGCCUAUAAUCUUGAUAAUUUCUAUUUUGUUUACAGUAAAGAUUAUUUUAUUUGUUCCUCGGGAUGAGAAACUAUAUGAUAAUUUAUUAAUAGAUAAAUGUUUAUGAUACAGAUGUAUAUGGAUAUGUAGACAUUUAUUCAUUAGAUAAUUUAACACAGUUUAUUUGAAGAUAAAAUAAUCAUCUCUUAUUGUUUUAAGAGAAAAAUGUUUGGAAAUUUUUUGAAAAAAGUGGUCAAUUUUGAAAUUAAAAAAUUAUAACUUAAUUUAGAAUCAUAAAUGACAAAAGUAGUUUAUCUUUUAGUGUUCAUAAAUUCAUAAAAUUUUCUAUCAGGAUCUGUUUACAUACAGAUACGAAUGUGUUAUUAUUGUUAUUAUCAGCGAUAAUAUGUGCGACAAAGACAGUGAACAGUGGGAAAGGAAUAAGAUUGUUGUGUAUGUGUGAAUGCUCAGCGAAAGGCGUAUGUGAUAGUAUCCUUCAAUACGUUACACGGUUGAGAUAAAUGAAACUUGAACUAGACACGGAGAAUUUAGUCGUUCGUCAGUCUGACUAACCGUUGGCAUAAGCGUGUCGAUAUGUUUGAUCAGUGAUUACUUAGAAUGUGUUGAUUGAAUUACAAUUAUUUUUACCAGAGUAGAAUUUAUGAAUGAGAUAACUCGACAAACUUUCACUCCAUUAUAAUUGGCAAAGUAGCAGCUGUCGUGAAGACUGUUUGAAUUUGCAGUGGCUCACUUAACUCACGAUUCAGAGAAUUGUGAUCCAGUUUCUCGGUAGUUUCAAUUCACCGCUUAAUUAAUAAAGAAAUAAUUUACACAAUGGAGCUAUUAAGAGUAGCAUUGCUAAAUAUCAAAAGAUCAGCAAGAACAUUAAUACUGUCGUCUCGAUUUCAGCACAUUCAAAGUCAAAGAACACUUACAUCUCAAGAAGUAUUCGAUCGUGAAUCUAAGUAUGGUGCUCACAAUUACCAUCCACUCCCCGUAGCUCUAUGCAGAGCGCAGGGUGUUUUUAUGUGGGACGUCGAAGGAAAACGAUAUUUUGACUUUCUAAGCGCUUAUUCAGCAGUUAAUCAAGGCCAUUGUCAUCCUAGAAUUUACAAAGCAAUGAUUGAACAGGCAAAAACCUUAACUCUGACGUCUAGAGCAUUUUAUUCUGACAUUUUGGGUGAAUUUGAGGAAUAUAUCACGAAACUUUUCAGCUAUGAUAAAUGGUUGCCGAUGAACACAGGUGUAGAAGGUGGCGAAACGGCAUGCAAAUUGGCACGUAGAUGGGGAUAUACGUGCAAGGGCAUACCGCCGAAUCAGGCCAAAAUAGUGUUUGCGGAGGGUAAUUUUUGGGGAAGAACGCUGAGCGCUGUCUCUUCGAGUACCGAUCCUACUAGCUACAGUAACUUCGGCCCAUUCAUGCCAGGCUUCGAGCUUGUACCCUAUGACGAUCUUUUGGCGCUUCAACAAGCACUCGCCGAUCCAAACGUUUGCGCCUUUAUGGUGGAACCUAUCCAAGGUGAAGCUGGUGUUGUGGUUCCUAAGGAUGGAUAUCUCAGAGGAAUUCGAGAGCUUUGCUCAAAGAACAAUGUCCUGUGGAUCGCGGAUGAGGUGCAGACUGGUCUGGCGAGAACAGGAAAACGGCUCGCGGUGGAUUACGAAAACGUAAAGCCAGAUAUUCUGAUUCUCGGCAAAGCCCUGUCUGGAGGAUUCUAUCCCGUUUCGGGUGUACUAGCAAACGAUCCCGUUAUGCUCACAAUUAACCCUGGUGAGCAUGGGUCUACUUACGGUGGCAAUCCUCUAGGAUGCAAAAUUGCCCUCGAAGCACUUCGCGUCUUGGAGGAGGAGAAACUUGCUGAGAAUGCGGAAAAGCUCGGUCGCGUAUUCAGAGACGGGCUUAGCAAGCUGCCGAAAGAGAUAGUUACUUUAGUGAGGGGAAAGGGCCUCUUAAACGCUGUCGUCGUUAAUAAAAAGAUCGACGCCAUGGAUAUUUGCUUAAAACUAAAGGAACGUGGGCUAUUGGCGAAGCCGACGCAUGGACACAUCAUUCGUCUGGCACCACCGUUAGUUAUCACGGAAGAACAGAUACGCGAAUGCGUAGAUAUUAUUUCUAAUACUAUUCUUACUUAUAACUAACAUCUUUAUUUUUUAUAACAAUAUAUAUUAAUUCUAUAUUUUUUAAUAAAAAAUACUGAUUACGUGAUAAAA